AUGGGUGUCACAGACUGGACUGCCCGGUCCUCAGGCCUCACACUCAUUGCCGCGCUACUGGUAUUUUUCGCCUUCAAAUUCGCCAUUCAUCGACGCCGUACCAGCGGCCUGCCGCUACCUCCUGGGCCACCCGGGGAACCUAUUCUUGGCCACCUGCGCAUUGUGCCUUCUCACAGCCCAGAGUACACUUACAUGAAAUGGUCUCAUGAAUAUGGCUCCGACAUGCUUUCCGUCAAUAUACUCGGCCAGCCGGUCAUUAUUCUCAACUCGGUGAAAGCUGCUGUUGACCUGCUGGAUAAGCGAGGUCUCAACUACUCGGACCGUCCGCGCUUUGUGCUCUUCGAGGUCAUGGGAUGGGGCAAGACACUGACGUUUUUGCGUUGGGGCUCUGAUUUCCGGGUGCAUCGGCGCAUUUUACAAAAAAGUCUUUCAAAUAGUAGCAUUGUGCAAUACAGACCCUUGCAAGAGCGAGAAACAGCCAUCAUGCUCAAGGGCUUGGCAGCCAACCCUGCAGAAUGGGACAAUGUCAUUCGUCGUCUGGCUACUGCCAUAGUUCUCGGCAUCGGCUUUGGUAUCACCGUGGACAGCGACAAAGACCCGUUUAUUCAAGUGGCUGCAGAUGCCAGCUAUGCAUUGGGGCACGGGGGUGCCCCGGCAGGCACGCCAGUUGAUUUUUUCCCUGUUCUCCGAUACAUGCCCCGGUGGUUACACGAUCGGUCGCUCAAGUUUGCCAACGAUUGGUCUUGGGCCAUCCGUGUUCUACACGAUAAGCCAUUCGAUGCAGCCGUGUCCGCCCAGCAGCGGAAGGAUUCCAUCGUCCAGGCCAUGCUGGACCAGCGGCAGGCACAGAUUGACAAGGGAGAGGUGCCGCAGCUGGGAUUAGACGAUGUGAAAGGCGCGGCUGGUGCCGUAUUUGCCGCUGGACAAGACACAACAUGGGCAACCAUCAUGGUCUUUGUCAUCAACAUGAUUCUCCAUCCAGAGAUUCAAAUCAAGGCACAGCAGGCCCUGGAUCAAGUUGUCGGACGCAGCAGGAUGCCAAACUUUAACGAUAGGCAGAAUCCUGACCUACGAUAUAUUGAGUAUGUGCUGCAAGAGACGCUCCGGUGGUGCCCCGUCUCGCCUAUCGGCAUUCCCCAUCGAUCCAUCCAAGACGACGUGUACAAUGGCUAUUUUAUCCCUGCUGGCUCCUUCAUCUAUGCCAAUGCGCGUGCCAUGACUCAUGAUCCCGAUACAUACCUAGACCCCGACGAGUUUGACCCAGACAGGUACACACCCGUGGAAGAAGGCGGUAGGGGGGAGCCGCUUCCCAGCGGCCACUUUGGCUUUGGCCGACGAGUUUGUGUCGGGCAGCAUCUUGCCAAGUCGAGCGUAUGGAUUGUGAUUGCUGCUAUUCUGAGCACAUUGGACAUUAAAAAGCCGCUUGAUGACGACGGAAAUGAAGUUACGCCCGAGGUGGAAUUAACUGAUGGACUCACCAGCCAACCCGAUGGCUUCGACGCCAGGUUUAUACCACGAGACGACGUAAGCCUCGAUCUAAUUCGUGGGAUUGAGGUAUAA